UUAAUUAUUUUCGCAGUAUUCGAAGAUGGUGCCUGGCAGAUCCUUGAGCCCAUCAUGUACGUGGAAGUGACCAUGCCUGAAGAAUUCCACGGCACAGUCAUCGGCCAGCUGAACAAGCGUGGCGGCAUUAUUACUGGCAACGAGGGAGCGGAAGGAUGGACCACGGUGUAUGCUGAGGUCCCGCUGAAUAACAUGUUUGGAUACGCCGGAGAACUGAGAUCUAUGACACAAGGCAAGGGUGAAUUCAGCAUGGAAUACAGUCGUUACUCCCCCUGCCUCCCGGACGUACAAGAGCAACUCAUCAGGAAGUACCAGGAGGAAAUGGGCAUAGUCCCCGAUAAAAAGAAAAACAAAAACUAACCGCCUUUAGAAUUAUUUACUAGGUAAUUUUUGUAAGCAAUAAAUGUUUAUUUAUUAAUUUA